AUCACAUGGGCGUUAGCCACCACUUCCGGCAUUUUAGUAACGACGUACGGAAACCGGGAAUGACCAAGCCGCACCGGUUCGACUAAACACGUGGUUUGAAAUUAUUCCUAUUCAAAGCUCCCUCGGCUGCUUAUUUAAACAUGUUUUAACGUAAAACAAAAUUUAAAAUGAAGCCCGAAGAGAACGAUAAAGAGGACGAGGAUUGUGCUUUUUUGGAAAAGGUUUUGGACUCAUUAUACGAUUUUGGCGGUGGGGCGGUGAAAAAAAAGAAAAAGAAAAGGCAGAAAAGAUGCGGGCAAAAAGCCGGUCCAGAAGAUGCUGCUACCGUCUGCAGUGUCAAUGAAGACCAAGAAGCUGGACAAGAGUUCUCGGAGAUGACCGUUGAGAGUGAAGGUCCAGCAGUGACACAGGUGGAGGUGGUGUCCUUCCACGAUCCCACCAAGAGACAAAAAAAGACCAAACAGAUGCCUGAAAUCAAUGAAACACUUCCGCUGGAGAUUUCCAAAAAAGAGCCCAACGCUCCACAACAGGGUCUCAGUUUGGAGAAGGCUCGAUUGGAGGUGCAUCGCUUCGGCAUUACGGGCUACAAGAAGGAACAGCAGCGAGUCUUUGAGGAAGAGCGAGCCAUUAUGUUGGGUGCACGACCUGCAAAGAAGAAGUAUUUGAACUACAAGGUGCUGCAAGAACAAAUAAAAGACAAGAAAAAUAAAGUGAAAGAGGAGGUGAAGACGGACUUAAAGAAAAAGAAGACUCAACCAAGGGACAAGAAGUCAACGGCGUCGUCCUCGGCACCAACGGGUCAAGUUGGCCGCUUUAAGGAUGGCAUGCUGAUUCUAAGCCCCAAGGAGAUCAAGACCAUCAAGGGCAAGAUGGGACGCAAAUGAGCAGAAGACCCAAAAGUCGAUUAUUUUUUCCUUUAUGGAUGAAGUUCAAAUCAUCAUGGUUGAUACCAGUAAAUCGCAUAUCACCACAUGGAUUUUUUUUUUUUUUUUUUUUUUUUUGUGAAUGGACAAUGAGGAAAAAAAACAAACACAAAUGACAGGAUACAAACAAAAAGAAAAACUGCAGAGUCAACUAUAUUUUUACCUCUACCUUGGAUGUCAAUGCACAAAAUAGACUCAUUUCUAUUUCAUCACAGGUAAUUUAUUUCUUUGUUUUUUUUAUAUAAACAAACAAAAAUGACAUUGUUUGCAUCUGUAUUUUUCUUAUGCUCAUAUACAAACAAUUUAGUCGUACAAAACAUUCACAGCUUGGCAAGAGAUGGGAUAGGGUGUUUAAAUGAGGGGAAUAAAUUCCAAGAAUUAACAGGAAUGGGAAGUAAAUGCUAGUUGAGCUCCAUGUAUUCACACUUUUAAACAGAAACAGCAGCAACUUUGACACGGAACAAACUGAAGAGUUGGGCGACGUACAAAAACAUAUUUACAAACUUGGUCAAUAAAUCAUUUUGGAAAUAUUAGGACAUGCACUCCCCAAACUCCCCACACAAAGCACCGUACCUUUAAAUAAAUAAAUAUGUAAAGUUUAAGACAUUCAUGGGUGGGCGGGUGCGAGGUAAAAGGACAUGCUGUCGCACCGUUACUCGACAACGCACAGUAGCCAACACAGUGAGCGGCCAAGUUGGCGUAUUACGGGCUCGGGAUGUUGUUCCUAAAAAUUUAAAGCCCUUUGAUGCAGAUGAUCGCAAAUACCCUAUGUGGACAAAAGUAUUGGGACGUGAAAACUCGAAAGUCAAUUAAUUAUGUAGUUGUUUCACUCUUCUGGGAAGACUUUCACAAUAUUUUGGUCUACGAGUAGGAGUUUGAUGAUGAUAGACCUGAGAAAAGGGCGUUUAUGGGCCUGAUAUAAAAAGGAAACCUCCCCCAGAAACAGUUCCAACAAAUUUUAAGCGAUUCUUGUCCUGAAUGUUUGAAGAAAUAAUAUCUAAGCACAAUAAAUACACUCACCUGCCCUGUCGUAUACUCGUCAUUCCUGUCCUCCAUCUUCUUGUGCUAACAGCUAGCGUAUCAUGCUACGUUGUAAUGCUACAGUGGUCUGAAAAAGUAUCUGAACUUUUGGGAAAUUCUCACAUUUUUGUAUAAAAUCACCAUUUAUGGGAUCUGAUCUUUGUCAAAAUCACACAGAUGAAAAUACAGUGUCUUCUUUAACUAAAACCACCCAAACAUUAAUAGGUUUUCAUAAUUUAAUGAUAGCAUGCAAACAAUGACAGAAGUGGGUGG